GCUUAUCGCCUUAACUAAACCAAAGAAAAGGUCAACGUUGGGUCAGCGAAACACCAAGGAAGGACCCCAAAUAAGAAAAACUUAUUAGUUAGCCCAACACCAACACCACCACCACCACCGCACCAGCAGCAUUUACAAAAACACAUCCCAAAAUAAUAAUUGUGACACUGAAGAAAGCUCCCAGUUCCAGGUUCAUUAAUAGCUCCGGUGUCCUGCAGAGAAAAACAGUUCAUGCAGUUGGCCAUGGUUGUUAUUGUCCUCAUUUAUUGUUUUACCUUCUUCUUCAAAGCCCGUGCCAUCUCAAUGUCCACAUCUAUACUGAGCUCUAAUUAAGAUUAUUUCAGAGAAAAAAUUAUAAAAAGAUUGUAUAUUUGUAUAAAAUAUUUUAUAUAGAUAUAUAAUUCUUGUUCUGGUGUCGUUUGUGCUAUUGGGUAUUUUUGGGUUGUGUGUUUUGAGAGGAGCAACGAAGCAUGCAGAAUUGAAGCUCGUGAUUGGAGCUAAGAAUUUCUCGGAAACCCAACACAAGAAAAAGUUUCUUCCUUUUGGGUCAUUGCCCGAAUCCCAUUUUGUGUUGUGUGAGACUCAAAGCUAAGGUUGUGAAGUCAAGAAGAUGAAAUGAAGCUUCAUAGACCCUCAUGAACUUCAGCUGAAUAUUAUCAGAAGUACCCAUGGAAGCUCAAGUUGGUUUUUUUACGGUUCUUCUUUUUUUGGUCUUGUUUAUUCAGUGCGGUUUAGCUCAGCAAGUGAGGUUGAGCUCCAGAGCUGAGUGGUCGGCGUUACGCGACCUCCGGGCGUCACUUGGGCUCAGAGGAAGAGAUUGGCCCAUAAAGGUCAAUCCAUGUAACUGGACCGGGGUCCAGUGCAACGAAAAUGGUCUAGUCGUUGGGCUUACUGUCUCAGGCCUCCAGCGAAGCCGGCAAGGCCGACUCCAACCCCAGUUCGCCGUCGAUGGCCUAGCCAAUUUGACUCUCCUUGCUUCCUUCAACGCGUCCGGGUUUUCGCUUCCUGGGCCUAUACCCGACUUAUUCGGCCAAAGCCUUAAUGCACUUAAGGUGCUCGAUCUCCGGUCCUGUUCGAUUAUUGGUCCAAUACCUCAGUCACUUGGCGAUUUGAGCAACCUUCAUUCCUUGUAUCUCUCUGGCAAUGGCCUUUCCGGUAGUGUCCCUUCUUCAAUGGGGCAGUUAUCAGAGCUAUCGGUUCUUGAUCUUUCCCGUAAUUCUCUUACCGGGUCGAUUCCAUCUGAGUUUUCCUCACUACGAAAUCUUUCUACUCUUGACCUCUCUUCAAAUUUCUUUUCUGGGUCGAUUCCAUCAGGUUUAGGUAACCUCUCGAGACUUGAGUUUUUAAGUACUUCUGAUAAUAGUCUUACCGCUUCUAUACCUGUUCAGUUGAGUAGACUUUCUCAACUUGUUGAGCUAAAUUGUAGCAAGAAUUUUUUAUCUGGGUCAUUGCCUUCAGAAUUCACUAGUUUGAGGAGCUUGAGGGUAAUUGAUAUUAGUGUUAAUGGUCUAGAGGGUCCAUUGCCAGAGGGCUUGUUUUCUAGCCUUUCUCAGUUGCGAGUUGUGAUUCUGAGUGAAAAUAAACUCGAUGGUACUCUUCCUGGUUCACUCUGGUCUAUUCCCAACUCUCAGGUACUUGAUUUAUCAGGAAACAAGUUUACUGGAGCUCUGCCAAGUCCGAGCUCAAAUGUCAGUACCAAGAAUGCUACUUUCAACCUCUCAAACAACUUGUUAUAUGGAAAUUUGACUUCUUCGCUCUGGCAAUUGCGCUCCCUUGAUUUGUCUGGUAAUUAUUUCCAAGGAAAGGCAUCUGAAAGUUUAGGUAAUAAUACCAAUCUUUCUAAUAAUUGCCUACAGUUGCCAAAUCAGAGAAACUUGCAGGAGUGUACAAAGUUCUAUGAUGAAAGGAACUUAAUUUUUUAUAAUUCUGGGGCCCCAAAACCAACAAGUCCCCAAGAGUUAGAAUCGAAGAGCAAAAAUAGACUGAUAUUCAUACUGGUUGGAGUAUUUGGUGGACUUGGCUUCAUUGUGCUUCUAGUAUUGGUUCUUGUAGUGUUCCUAAAAUGUCGCAAUAUGAACGUUGGAAGUGAAAGAGGGGCUGCAAAUGCAGGGCCUGUUUCAGAAGGAGCCAACCCUUCACUUCCUAAAGACCUAGGAUACCUUUCAGGUCUGGGAGAGUCGUUUACUUAUGAGCAGAUUGUCCACUUUACUAAUAAUUUUAGUGAGACAAAUCUCAUCAAGCAUGGGCACUCCGGGGACCUGUUUAAAGGGUUUUUAGAAGGAACCCCAGUAGUUAUUAAGAAGGUGGAUUUGAGUUCUUGCAAGAACGAAUCAUAUAUGAUGGAAUUGGACUUCUUCCGCAAAGCUUCGCAUACAAGAUUAGUCCCACUAUUGGGACACUGCUUGGAGAAUGAGAACGAUAAGUUUUUGGUUUACAAGUGCAUGCCAAACGGAGAUUUGGGUAAUUCAUUGCACAGUAUUGUCAGUUUGGGAGAUGACGGCUUACAGUCCAUGGAUUGGAUUACAAGGUUAAAGAUUGCAAUAGGAGCUGCGGAAUUUCUUGUUUACCUACACCAUGAAUGCAAUCCCCCCUUUGUUCAUAGGGAUAUUCAAGCAAGUAGUAUCCUUCUAGAUGAUAAAUAUGAAGUGCGAAUCGGAAGCUUGAGUGAGGUUCAUAUCCAAGAAGGGGAUGCUAACCAAAAGGUUCUCAACAGGUUAUUGAGGAAGCAACAAACAUCUGAGCCAGGCCCUUCUGCCUCAUCUUUGGCAAUUUGCACUCAAGAUGUUUACAGUUUUGGAAAAGUUUUACUUGAGCUCGUGACUGGUAAACUUGGCAUCAGCAAAACAGAUGAUGCCGCCACAAAAGAAUGGUUGGACAGUACUGUGCGUAACAUCAGUAUGUAUGACAAAGAACUCGUAAACAAGAUCCUUGAUCCAUCUCUGAUCGUUGAUGAAGAUCUCUUGGAAGAGGUAUGGGCCAUGGCAAUUGUAGCCAGAUCAUGCCUAAACCCAAAGCCAUCAAAACGCCCCCUCAUGAAACACAUUCUCAAAGCAUUGGAGAACCCUUUGAAGGUAGUCAGAAUGGAGAGUUCCAGCUCUGCGAGGCUGCGGACGACAUCAUCUCGAUUGUCUUGGAGUGCUGCCUUCUUUGGAAGCUGGCGGCACAGCUCGUCAUCAGAUAUUGCUGCUGUACCAGGCUAUGGGAACAGAGAGAAUUUCAGCAGCUUCAAACAGUCCAGUAGAGUAGGGUCUCAGGGCAGUGGUGGUAAUGACCACUCAUCUUCCAACAAAAGAUUGUCUAGUGAGAUUUUCCCUGAACCUGUUGAAAUGCAAGACUUAGAAAAGCAAGAUGAGCAUUAAAGUUUAAUAGUGUUUCAUGUGAGUUUAUCUUGUGGGAUGGGAACUCAACGUUGUCGUUCCACAACUCAACCAACGAGUUCCAUGAUUCCAUAUCGUCUGAGCCAGUGUUGAAUUGUCUUUUUAUUAGAACAGCCCUUUUCUCCUACCAUGACUUUGGAUCUGGAGAUAAAUUUUUGGAGCUGGUAAGUUAAAAGCUAGUAGUACUUGGUUCUGAAAGCAUGUUUUUAUUGCCCAAGCCAAUUUUAGAUGUAAUUGAUUUUUCCGAAUUAUAUAUACAUGUUACAUAGAAUUUAUAUUACCAAUAAAUGGUGAUUCUUGCUUUUA